CCAAUUCAACACACGAAUGGUAAUGUAGACAAUUCUGCGUGCGUCGUCCGUCACUAUUUUAGGAUUGUGCUAACGUUAGAGACAUUACAAGGUUAGCGUCUUUAAAACUAUCAUCUUGCGCGGAAAUCAUUAGCUUAACAUCAUGGAAAGUUAUAGUCAACGGUUUGAAUCCGGACGAGACAGUAAAUCUCAAAAGAAGAAGGGUUCUUCCCACCACACCACAUCAUAUUACGAUGAAGGAGAUCGCAAACCAAAGUUUCAAUUACCCUUUAGAAACAUCACAGAUGAUGUGCUGGACAGAUUCGCCAGCAUUCGGAUUCCGGGUAGUAAGAAGGAGCGCCCUCCCUUAUCACACUCGAAACACAAUACCAAUGAUUGGUCUAUUUCUUCAUCAUCCACCUCACAUCAGUUUGAGGAACUGUCAUCAAAGAUCACCUCGGAAAAAGAAAUCUUGGCUCUGUUUGAAAAGAUGAUGGAGGACAUGAACUUGAAUGAGGAAAAAAAGACUCCUUUGAGAGAAAAGGACCUGAACACAAAGAGAGAAAUGGUCAUCCAGUAUAUCUUUACUGCAUCUAAAACUGGGGCCUUAAGAAGCAGCCAUCAGAUAUCUCCCCAGGAAUUUUUGGGAGAGCUGAAGUCGGGGGUGAUGGACGAACGCCUAUUUGCCUGUCUAGACUCAUUGCGUGUGUCCCUUACCAGCAACCCUGUCAGUUGGGUGCAGAGUUUCGGGCAUGAGGGUCUUGGACUGCUGCUGGACAUUUUGGAGAGGUUGCUAUUCAAGAAGCAGCAAGAGAAGAUUGACAAAAGGAACCAACAUAAAGUUGUCCAGUGUCUCAAAGCCUUCAUGAACAAUAAGUAUGGCUUGGAUCGAAUCCUGGGGGAAGAGAAAAGUCUUGCUUUACUGGCAAGAGCCAUUGAUCCCACCCAGUCUGCCAUGAUGACUGAUGUGGUAAAGCUGCUGUCAGCCAUCUGCAUUGUGGGCGAAGAGAACACUUUGGAGAAGGUCCUUGAAGCCAUCACCACAGCAGGCGAAUGGCGAGCCAUUGAGAGGUUCAGUUCCAUUGUGCAAGGACUACGUGAUCGCUCAGUUCAAUUACAAGUGGCAUGCAUGCAGCUCAUCAAUGCUCUGGUAACAUCUCCUGAUGAGCUGGACUUCAGGCUGCACAUCAGAAAUGAAUUUAUGCGCUGUGGCCUGAAAGAGAUAUUGCCGCAACUGACAGCCAUCAGGAAUGAGGCACUUGACAUUCAGUUAAAGGUAUUUGUGGAGCACAAAGAAGAGGACAUGAUAGAGUUCUCCCAUAGGCUGGAAGACAUCAAGAGCGAGUUGGAUGAUGCGGGGGAUGUAUUCAGUAUUGUGCACAGCAUGGUGAAGGACAGCAGUGCAGAGCCCUAUUUCCUCUCUAUACUGCAGCACCUGAUGCUCAUACGCAAUGACUACUUGGUCAGGCCCCAAUACUUUAAGAUCAUUGAGGACUGUGUCUCUCAGAUUGUGCUGCAUCGUAGUGGCACUGAUCCAGACUUCAGUUACCGCAAGCGCCUAGAUGUGGACUUCAGCCACCUCUUGGAGGUGUGUGUGGAUAAAGCUCGAAUUGAUGAGUAUGAACAAAGAGCUUCAGAACUGGCACAGAAGUUUGAUGAGGAGUUUGUAAGCAGACAGGAUGCACAAGUACAGCAGGUUAAGUGUGAAGAAAAAAUAGCUGAACUCCAAGCAGAGCUGCAGGCCUUCAGGUCCCAGUUUGGAGCUGUACCUGCGAGUCUGUCCUCUGCCCAUGUUCGACAGACGCCACCCCCAGCUCCAGCUGGGUUGCCGGCUCCCCCUCCUCCACCACCACCACCUCCCUUACCUGGCUGCCCUGCCCCGCCUCCUCCACCUGGAGUGCCUCCUCCAUUUGGUGCCCCUCCACCACCACCUCUAGGGUUUGGGGGUGCUCUAGGCUCCCCCACCCACCAUGUGCUGCCUUAUGGCCUCAGGCCUAAGAAAGAGUUCAAGCUUGAGACCUCCAUGAAGCGCCUCAACUGGUCCAAGAUCCGUCCCCAGGAAAUGUCAGAGAGCUGCUUCUGGGUGUUGGCUGAUGAGGACCGAUAUGCAAAGCCAGACUUACUGAGCAGAGUCGCUCUCACUUUUGGUUCACAAAGAACAGCCAAAAAACAAGAGGAGGAUCUGGAGGAUAAGAAAUCCAUAAAGAAGAGAAUUAAAGAGCUCAAGGUGCUCGAUCCCAAGAUUGCACAGAAUCUAUCCAUCUUUCUUGGUUCCUUCCGUAUGCCUUAUCAGGAAAUCCGUCGUAUGAUAGUGGAGGUGGAUGAGGAGCAACUCACUGAACCUAUGAUCCAGAAUCUUGUAAAGCAUCUGCCGGAGCAGGAGCAGCUGAACGCCUUGGCCAAGUAUAAAAAUGAGUACGCAAAUUUGUCAGAGCCUGAGCAGUUUGGGGUUGUGAUGAGCAGUGUGAAUCGGCUGCGUCCUCGCCUCAGCCACAUCCUCUUCCGCCUGCAGUUUGAGGAGCAGGUAAACAACCUGCGUCCAGAUAUCCUGGCUGUAAACGCCGCCUGUGAUGAGGUCAGGAAGAGCUGCUCCUUUGGCCGCUUGCUGGAGCUGGUGCUGCUGCUGGGGAAUUACAUGAAUGCAGGCUCUCGAAACGCACAGUCUUAUGGCUUCGACCUCAGUUCCCUCUGCAAGCUAAAAGACACAAAAUCAGCAGACCAAAAGACCACAUUACUCCACUUCCUGGCACAAGUGUGUGAGGAGGAUUUUCCAGAUGUGAUCAAGUUUAUUGAAGAACUGGAGCAUGUGGACCGAGCUAGCAGAGUGUCUGCAGAGAAUCUGGAAAAGAGUCUCAGGCAGAUGGAGAGGCAGCUGCUGCAGCUGGAGAGAGACCUGGAGACUUUCUCCUCCCCCGAUGACCCCAACGACACCUUCUUCACUAAAAUGGCUAGCUUCAGCAAGGUUGCACGGGAGCAGUAUGGCAAGCUGGUGAUCAUGCACAGCAAUAUGGAGACGCUAUAUCAGAAUGUGCUGGAGUACUUUGCAAUCGAUCCCAAGAAGACCUCUGUGGAGGAGCUAUUCACUGAUCUCAGCAACUUCCGUUCCAUGUUCACUCAAGCACUGAAGGAGAACCUGCGGCGGAGGGAGUCAGAGGAGAAACAGAGGAGAGCACGGGCGGCAAAGGAGAAGGCUGAGCGUGAAAAGCAGGAGAGACAGCAGAAGAAGAGGAGGUUGCUGGAAGUCAAUGCAGAGAAUGAUGAGACAGGUGUGAUGGAUAGUUUGCUGGAAGCCCUACAGUCAGGAGCCGCAUUCAGAGACCGCAGGAAGAGAGCGCCAAGACCCAGAGAUAACCAGCAGCAGACGAUCAGCCCCAGCUCCUUCCGCCAGGUUCUCAGGCCUGUUAACCAUGAAAACAACAAGGCACCUUUGCAAAGGUCUCGCUCUCGGCAGAAUAUAAAUGUGGGUUCGGCGGCAGUGAAAGCUUCCCCCGCCAAGGAGGCCCAUAACGAGUCUGAGAGCCAUCCAUCUGCAGCCAGGGCGAAGGUUGCGGCGUGUUCGGACUCAGGCCGCAGGUACAGGAACACCCCGGGUCACAGCUACGGGCUGGACAGAGAGAGGGUGGUGGAGAGAGAGGCGGUUAAAGUGACUGAGAAAGAGAUGGAGGUUGAAGCAGAGCCUCCAGCUUUCCAGCCGUCCUCCACUGGUGCUGCAGUCAGCAGCUGCAGCACCAAUGGAGAGUCAGAUGUAGAGGCCCUCCUGGCCAGACUCAGGGCCUUAUGA